GAUACGGAUCACUCGGACCAGCUGGUUUUGGUGUUUUCAUUUCGUGGCUGGUUGAACUGGUUGGGGGCUGUACAGCAGAUUCAGGCGGGUUAUCCGUAAUGUCAGCGGACACCACAACACAUUUCUGUCAACGGUCAGCUGCGCGUUACAGCAGGUAAGCCGUAUAUUCAGCGGAACCAUAACAACUAACCAAUUAUUUCUUACUUUCAGAAUUGUGUACCGAUUCACCUAACCUGAAGAAGAUGUCGCAAAUGUGAACUUAAAGCCUCGAUGUCAGAGCAACGGAUAGUUAUUACACAACUGCUAAAGCAGCCUUCAACGCA